AUGGACUAUACGCGGAAAGUAAGGAACAAGCUUUCGAUCACAGGGCGCCAGCUAAAUUUCGAUAGGGUAUCAGAGCGAAACCGACUCAAUGAGCGAGCAAUCUACUUCAGGUUUUAUACCUUUCUACUCGCCUUAGUACAGGGUCUGGUGCACCUAUACUGUGACUAUGAUGAGCUUGCGCUACCUGUAGGAGCUGUCAACAACAGUGCUGUCAACUCUGAUAGUCAGGGUCUACAAGCUGGGUUCCUCGCUCGAGUGGACAAUUUACUGCCAAUGUUCACGUGGGACUCCCAGAACUGGGUGAGGUCAAUACCGCAGAAUAUCUUUCUCCGGACUUUAGCAGUCAGCUUAUCUACUCCCAUUGUCUACCAGACCUUUUUUCGCCGUUGGGUUUGGGAGUUGGCCCUGUCUGUUGCCUCGCUUCUCUGGGAUGUGCCAUUGACUCCUUUCUCCUUUCUUCCCCCGAUGUAUCCUUCACUGAUCCAAUACUCUUUCACGGCUGGGCUCCAAGUUAUGUUCCUCUGGCAAUCUUCGAAUGCUUUGUUCACGGCCUAUGUCGCUCAACAGCCGAUCAAGAGAGAACAACCUCUGUCAAGUGAUUCUAAAGAUCCUACCGGAACUCUUCUGAACGGGCUCAGAUCGAAGAAAGAGACACCCAAAACCUUCGCUUGUUGGGAGUUGUCCUUGAUAACUUCGAACUUUCCUGAUCGGAGGAAAGCGAUUUUCACCGACAUCGAUCGUCUGUCGGGUCCAGCAUGGACUCAGAUCUUGUCGCAAUGUCUAGCAAACAUCAGCAGCAUCAGUGUCAGGAUUGACAGCUACCUAAAUCCCCCAGCUCCCUCCCCACCUUCAAGCGAAGAAAAAGCUCUUGCCGACAGACAAGCAGCAGCAGCUGUCCAAUCUUUACCUCGGAUCUCAACUCCAAUCCAAGAAGGCCAUGUAUUCAUGAAGCCGGCAGUGCCAUCCACCAAGACUAAGAAAGUAGAAAGGGGUGUCGGCAACCUCGCUAAAUCUUAUGGCCAGUCAACAUCACCGGGGACCUUGAAGAUACCGUAUCUGAGUCCGCAAGCCAAAUCACGCUUGAUAUCUAGCAGCAAGGACCUCUUUUCUCCGAACAUUCGAAAGUUUUUCGCCGAACAGAAAGACAACCAUUCACCACAGGGUUUACGAGGCACGGCCCAAGAGUACACCAUGCGCUUUCUACGCUCCAAAUUCGGAACACCCUUCCGCACAACUUUCUCCCGCCGAAUCUCCACCGUAGUGCUAGGCACUCCAUACAGCACACUCUAUUCCACCAUCACUUCAAUCCAGUCCCUCGCCGCCCUCGCCAUCGCGAGUCUAGAUGAAGACCCCUACGGCCGCGUCUCAAAAGACGUACCCACACUUAUCCGCACAUUCACACGGACCGCUCAAGACAUAGAAGCUUUCACAAAAAACCUACCACCUCACUGGACAGACGUUGAGUUCAAGGAAGAUGACAGACAUGUAAGAGACGUGGAGACCGUCGUUGAGUGCCUCAAAAUCGGCCUGCGGGACAUGGUCAACGCAUUUGGAAAAUAUACGAAAGAGCUGGGAUUGCAGCAUGAUGAAAUGGAAGUUGUCCGCAAAGUCGCUGGCAUAGGAGAGGAGAUGCGGACUGUGAAUGGAGGCAUAUAG